UUGAAUCUAAAACAUCUGAAAAUUUCAAAGAAAAAUGGGCACGAACGUCAUCAAAAAUACAUGUUUUAUCAUGGCAACUCUGAAAUGUUCAUACGGCGUUCUUCUUCGGCACGGCAGACACAGCUACCAACCCCCUUCGCGUUCGUAUUUUAUUAUCAGUUUCUUGAAAAUGCAUCUAUACUCGAAACCGCGAUAUUUUUAGGAUUUGGCAACACUGCAGUGGCGGGUCGUCUGUUGCACUUUACCGGAGUGCGAAUGAAAACCAGAAAAUACGGGGGUGUGUCCGCUGGCUUCUCGACCAAUCAAAAGCUUCGCGCGCCCCGCAAAUCAAGACUGUCUUGGCUCUUUCCUUUAAAAACGGUUUCCCUCCUCAGGAAAGUUUCGAGUAUUAGCCAACUUCUCAGUGCGAAUCCACGCAACGUUGAUUUUCCGCGAAAUUACACUCGGUAUACGAACCUAUACGACCAUGCAGUCAAUCACAAAAAUCCUUUUACUGGCCUGCCUGGUGGCAGUCAUGAUCGCAACCUUCGUGCGCGCCGAAGAGGACUCCUCUUCAGACGAUACCGACUCAAGUGACCUAUCCGGUUCCGAGACCUUCUACGGCGGUUGGGGACACGGUUACGGCGGCUACGGCCGAGGAUACGGCGGUUACGGAGGCUACUACGGCCGCGGAUACGGCGGCUGGGGCUACGGCGGUGGCUGGGGAGGCUACGGAGGAUACGGAGGUUACGGACGCCGCUACGGCUACGGCGGUCACGGAUGGGGAAGGCGUCACGGCGGUUACGGAUACUGGGGUUAAGUCCAGUUUCAACCUCGACCAGAGACUCUCCGAAAGCUCCUAAUGUGAUCUAGUUUAAAAACACGCGUAUCUCAGAUUAUUCUCUUUGAAAUAAAUGACGAGAAGAUAGCAAAA